UUGAAACCCGGCUUAAUACGUAUGGGCUCUCUACACUCCACUCUUGGAAUCUUCGUUUGAGAGAGUCGAGGUCAUAUGAAUAUAUGUUUGCGACAAUGGAUACGUCUAAAUUAUGCGAUGGAUUGUCGAAACAAUUUUUUGAUUCGAUUUUCUCGACGUGGGUUCUCAGUCCAAUCUGCAAAACUGACUCAAGAAUUCGUGGGUCAUGUUUCCCCUUCACAGUUCAAUUCACAUGCAUACGCCAAUGCGCUUCAAGAUUGUAUCCAAAAAGAUGAACCCAGUAGAGGAAAGGGUCUGCAUUGUGAGAUUCUGAAAAGGGGUGGUUGCUUGGACUUGUUUGCUUGGAACAUUCUCCUCAAUAUGUACGUAAAGUCAGAUUUUUUGUGUGAUGCGAGUAAAUUGUUUGACGAAAUGCCUGAAAGAAAUACAAUCUCAUUUGUUACUUUAAUUCAAGGUUAUGCAGAGUCUGUUCGAUUUUUGGAGGCGAUUGAGUUGUUUGUUAGAUUGCAUAGGGAGGGUCAUGAGCUUAAUCCGUUUGUUUUUACCACAAUUCUGAAGUUGCUUGUGAGUAUGGACUGUGGGGAGUUAGGUUGGGGCAUCCAUGCCUGCAUUUUUAAGCUUGGUCAUGAGUCCAAUGCAUUUGUAGGGACUGCACUUAUUGAUGCUUAUUCAGUUUGUGGACGUGUUGAUGUUGCCAGAGAAGUGUUUGAUGGGAUUCUUUACAAGGACAUGGUUUCUUGGACUGGGAUGGUAACUUGUUUUGCAGAGAAUGAUUGUUUCAAAGAGGCUUUGAAGCUCUUUUCUCAAAUGAGGAUGGUCGGGUUUAAGCCAAAUAACUUUACAUUUGCUAGUGUGUUUAAGGCUUGUCUUGGUUUAGAGGCAUUUGAUGUGGGGAAGAGUGUGCAUGGGUGUGCCUUAAAAUCUCGCUAUGAGUUGGAUCUAUAUGUAGGUGUUGCUUUGCUUGAUUUGUAUACUAAGUCUGGAGACAUCGAUGAUGCUCGGCGGGCAUUUGAGGAGAUUCCUAAAAAGGAUGUGAUCCCUUGGAGUUUUAUGAUUGCACGUUAUGCUCAAAGUGACCAGAGCAAGGAGGCUGUGGAAAUGUUUUUUCAGAUGAGGCAAGCUUUAGUGCUUCCUAAUCAGUUUACUUUUGCGAGUGUGCUGCAAGCAUGUGCAACUAUGGAGGGUUUAAAUUUGGGAAAUCAAAUACAUUGCCAUGUAAUCAAGAUUGGCCUUCACUCUGAUGUUUUUGUUUCAAAUGCCUUAAUGGAUGUCUAUGCAAAAUGUGGAAGGAUGGAGAACUCAAUGGAACUUUUUGCGGAGUCACCACAUAGGAAUGAUGUGACCUGGAACACGGUGAUCGUUGGGCAUGUGCAGUUAGGGGAUGGGGAGAAGGCUUUAAGAUUGUUUCUCAAUAUGCUUGAAUACCAAGUGCAGGCAACUGAAGUAACAUACUCUAGUGCUCUUCGUGCUUGUGCUAGCUUAGCAGCAUUGGAGCCAGGACUUCAGAUUCAUUCCUUGACAGUCAAAACCACUUUUGACAAAGAUAUUGUAGUGACUAAUGCUUUGAUAGAUAUGUAUGCCAAGUGUGGGAGCAUUAAAGAUGCCCGAUUAGUGUUUGAUUUGAUGAACAAACAAGAUGAAGUUUCAUGGAAUGCUAUGAUCUCAGGAUACUCCAUGCAUGGUUUGGGUAGGGAGGCUCUAAGAAUUUUUGACAAGAUGCAGGAAACAGAGGUCAAACCUGACAAGUUAACUUUUGUUGGUGUACUAUCAGCAUGCGCCAAUGCAGGACUUUUAGAUCAAGGCCAAGCUUAUUUUACUUCAAUGAUACAAGACCAUGGUAUUGAACCAUGCAUAGAGCACUAUACAUGCAUGGUGUGGCUGUUAGGUCGAGGAGGCCAUCUUGACAAGGCUGUCAAGUUGAUUGACGAAAUUCCAUUUCAGCCUAGUGUUAUGGUUUGGCGUGCUUUACUUGGAGCUUGUGUGAUCCAUAAUGACAUUGAGCUUGGGAGAAUUUCUGCUCAGCGUGUGCUUGAGAUGGAACCCCAAGACGAGGCUACCCACGUGUUACUGUCUAACAUGUAUGCCACUGCAAAGAGAUGGGACAAUGUUGCCUCUGUUAGGAAAAACAUGAAAAGAAAAGGAGUGAAGAAGGAACCAGGCCUUAGUUGGAUUGAAAGCCAGGGCACAGUUCAUUCUUUCACUGUGGGGGAUACUUCACACCCUGAGGUGAGAGUGAUUAAUGGGAUGCUGGAGUGGUUGCACAUGAAAACCAAGAAGGCAGGCUACAUUCCAAACUAUAAUGUUGUUUUGCUUGAUGUGGAGGAUGAAGAAAAGGAACGUCUCUUGUGGGUACACAGUGAAAGAUUAGCUCUUUCUUUUGGGAUAAUUAGGACACCAUCUGGAAGCCCCAUUAGGAUAAUGAAAAAUCUACGAAUAUGUGUGGAUUGCCAUGCUGCAAUCAAGUGUAUAUCAAAGGUUGUGCAGCGAGAAAUUGUUGUCAGAGACAUCAAUCGAUUCCAUCACUUUCAAGAAGGUUUAUGCUCUUGUGGUGAUUAUUGGUGAUUGACAUGCCCUACUGCCGUUCCAGAAGUAAGGUGUCCUUGCUUUGAGGAAUUUCACAGCAGUAGAGAGCAUUGGAUAGAAAUUUACAGGUGAUAGGUCAAAGAAUAGUAUGAAAGUCAACUAUUGCUCUAAGGAAAGUUACUUGAAGAAGAAACUAGAUUUUGUAGAUAUGCACCUACCUUUGUUCAAGUCAAAGAGAUGAUUAUACUUGCCCACUGCUCUUCUAUGGAAUUGCUAUAUGUUUAUCUGCUGUUCCUUAGAUUGGUCAUUUGGCUCUCAGGUAGCCCCAAGGAUUGGCAUCCAACAUGAUGAAUUUGUCUACCCCCCCAACAGGAUAAAACUUUACAAGGCGCUGUGUAAUUCUUGGGAAACUGUUUCCUCAACAGCAUAUCAUUUAUUUGUAUGGUUGUAAUUGCAUCCUGGAGCUGUUCUUUCCCUUGUUUUCCCCUUCUCAAAGCAGUAUAUAUAUUAUAAGAACUGAAGACCAAGUUGGCAAGGUUGGCUCAAGCUGGGGCCAGAAAUACAUUCUCAAAACGGUUUAUAUCUAGUCAUGAUAAAAACCAAUCAGGUGGUUUGGCUGGACAUCUGUAGUCAGCAGAUCGUGAUGAUGGUUUUGAAGUCGCACACUAGUUUGUGCAUCCCAUUGUAUGUGAAACUAUAACUUGGUCAUCUAGAGUGGGGGACAUUAGAAAAAAUGAGUCACUACAACCACUGAUAUGGGAUUUUUGAUUCAGGGACACCAUUUUAAUUUCUUACAGUAACUGGGGUUGAUGCCUGUCAUUGUCUUUUUCUUUUUCUGUAAUGCCUCAUUCAAGAUGAUAGGUGGAAUGGCACAAUCUUUCUGGGAUGUUUCAACCUGUAUCUAAUGGGAAAUCAUUCAUAUUAUCUCUUAUCCUGUGAAUGCAUGAAACCUAGAGGUGAUAUUGAUGGUGAGAAUGGAUUUAUGCAAUGAAUCCAAAGAGUUGGUAAAAUGCAUAAUUCAGUCAGAGUAGUAAAGUGCCAGCGACAGCCCUCCUUCGAGUCAAAUUUGGCUGUUCAACGCUUUCCAGCUUAAAGUAAAUAGUCUGGCAAGGAGAAUUGGGCAUGGGACGUGUGGAUUCAGAAGUAUGCAUGUUGCAGACAUCUCCCAAAAGCAGUGGAGGUGAGCCGCCUCAUAUGAUUUUGAUCUUUUGGUAGCUGAAAACUGAAACUGUGGCAUCCUUGGUUAUGCCAUCUCUUAGGCACAAACAAGGGCAGUGUCCUACCAUUCUGUAAUCUGGGUAUUGUGCUUGAACUUGAAACAAAACUGUUUUAACAUUGUGUACCAUUCAAGAAUUGAAACAAAAGCUAUGAAAAACAGGUGAAUUGGUAGGUGA